GUGCAGAUGUCUUUUUGAAUAAAGCAAAUUCCAUGAGCUAACUAACUCAAAACAGUUGAAACACUGGGGUCUGAAAAUAUUUGGAAAGGAUGUCAAUCUUAGUCCACUUCGCAAUGCUUCUUCUUUUUUGCAAAGAUUCCGUAACUUGUGCAACCCAGGAGAUACAGCUCGAAGUCGUUAAUGCCGCAGUCGGAGAAUCACUUGAAUUGAACUGCACCUAUAACUGUUCCGGUGGAUUUGUCCGGGGACACUGGAAGAAAGUCCCUCAGUGUAAUGAUUGCCCUCGGCUAAUGGAAACAAAAGGUCGGACCAUGAAUGGUGACCUCUGCACGUUAUCCUUGUCUUUUCUGAAUGUUUCUAAAGAAGAUUUUCAGUACAACUAUACCUGCUUUACUGAAGAUCAUGGAAGUGAAGUAUUCCAAUACAAGACAGAGCGGCUGGUAUCACUGCAGGAACAAGCGCAACCUAGUGCCCGAACCACAAAAGUCACUACUGAUGUAUCAGUGACAGUAUUACCUAACCAUGAAGACUUCACAAAUAAUGAGGAUUCUCGAGGCAUCAAGUUGUUGGCAACCAUCACGGUUAUAGUGGCUGUGUUGUUGGCAUUCGUGGCUGCCUACUUAUGCAUGAGCCACAAUCAAUAUGUCAAAGGAAAACGUGCUGAUGGCAAGACAUCAAAAGCGGGACCGGUUGUUGCUAGGCCAACAGCAACAGGCACAUUCUCAACCAGUUGUGAGAGGGUGGCAGUAAGAAUAACUCCAGCGGAUUGCCAGAGUGAUCAGGAGGUUCCAUAUGCUGACAUCAUGAUUACUGUCAGAGGUGCCAGCACACCAGAGCUUACACAGAUUUCCUACCUGGCUCCAGGGGACCAUAAACAGCGGUGGAGAGAGGAGCCAGGCCCCAACCUUGCAGCCAGGACCCACCUUCAGGUCUCCCGCUCAGCUGACAGGCUGCAUGUCCACCCCCGAGAGGUUUCUAGGAAGAUGAGCACAAGCUCUGAGUACGCUGUCAUCACCUAUUCUUAACCACUGGGGCUGGAGAAGGAAGGAGACGAGUACAGGCAUUAAGGGGAGAGUAGAGACGGGUAGAUGCCAUUAGUCCUUGGCUGUUAUAUUUGAAUAAAAUGUGUGAAAAAAAGUUUUUUCCCUGUGAACCGCAUGUACGUACAGUGCAGUAAGAAUUGGGCACACAGAAGGAUUUUACACUUUAGACUCCAAAUGUUUGCAUUUGAAAUCGAACAAAUACUAUGUUAUAGAAUAGAUUCCCAGUGUUAUUUAUGGGUGUUUGAGAAUACCUGUACAGAUUCACCAUUAACAAAUGACAACACAAAGGGAAAUAUCCAAAUUAGGCCCUUAUAUUUAGUAUGUGUGGCUUGUUUCUCCUUUUAAAAGAGAGAGAAUAAAAACGCUAGAUACUAUAUACUUAUCUGGUUUACAGAAAAAUUUCCAUUGCUUGAAAUUACACCGGCAUGUUUGUGACAUAGCACUUUUUACACAUAAUGCAACUAUUUCAGGGCAGCACAGUUAUUUGCAUAAUUGGAUUGACAGGUGUUUCCUGUUAGUCAGGUUAUUUAUGAGAGCUUUCAAUGUCUACACUUGAUUCAAGGCUCUGCAUUUGCCUUUGGAUUCUGCUAUUGCUGUCGGUCAACUGGAUGAAGAAAUGGCCUUGUCAAUGAAAGUCAAUGACACCAUUAUGAGCCUGAAAAUGUAGGAAGAAAUAAACGAAAAUCACCCAGAAUAUUAGCCGAAAGGCUCAACACUGCCAUUACUGCUCUACAUUGGCAGCACCCAAGCGUGUUCGCAUGUUGUUUAUUUCCGAUGGCUGAAGCACACUCGUCUUGAAAAUGGAAAUAAGAAAACGUUGAUUCCUGUGGGUUUCUGGUGUAGCAGGUACAACGUCAUAUGGACACAAUGCUGAUAGUAAAGCAAAUCAAGCCUUGGAUUGUAUCUGCGCCAUUAGACAAUGGUUUAGAACUACAUUUUUAAAAAACACUGGUGAGUUCAGCAAUCGCAAAUAGCCUAGUAGGCCAAGGAAUAUCUCUACAGUGCUUGACCAAAGAGUGCUUGUCACCAUAAUGAAGGAAAUUAAAUAUUUUCUACAAAUCAGAAUCAAUCACCAGGAGUGAUAGAGAAAUGUCUAGUGGGUUCAAUGUGUUGCAGAUUUUGAAGAAGACUCAUAAAUGGAUAAAUGCAGCUUGAGCUCAGUUAAACUGUUGUACCCCAAAAAAGAUCAAAUGUAUAUAUCAUGGAUGGUCAGCCCACACAGCUCUGUCUAUGAGGUAACAGUGUUAUUUCACCAGGCAAACCAUUUAGCUUCCAACUGAAAGAUAUUUAUUGAACGAUUAAAGCAUCUAAAAAUGCACUGUGUUAACAUUGCCUAAAAAAUGAACAUCCACUAAUAAAGGUUUAUUUUGUGUUAAGGUUUAUUGUAACUGCUUUUAAAACUACUUGAAAAUAUA